CGAAGAAGAACCGGUACAAUGAUUCCGGAGGUAAUUCGCCCAGAAAGAGUAGUGACAUUACUACCAUUACGCGUAUGACUACGACCACAACUAUAUGGUAUGUAAUUCAUACGUUAGUUUAAUGUUUUGUUUUUUUAAAAUAUAUUGUUUACAUUGAUGUUUUGUUGUGACGACCGGAACGAACUAAAAGAGACCCUACCAGACGACUGUGAACAUCUACGCAAGCCUCUGUAUUUACGCAAAUGGCGUAAGAGUUAUACCUCUUCUUUAAUUUUUUUUUAACUUAGCAACCGUAAUCAACCAUGCCGAUCCAGUUUGUCUAUGGGAACCAGGACUUUGUUAAAGAUGUAUAUGCCAAUAUUGGUACUACACCCCGCAUGGUAUCAGCAUCAAGGUUUGAUGCAGCUGUCCAAGCUGGAUGGGCAGACAGGAUGGCGAGGGGGUUGUUCCGCUACCAUUUAGGGGACUUGCAAACACGCGUCCUGCCCGGUCCAUGUGGUUUUGUGGCCCAGUUGAAUGUCGAGAGAGGAACUGAAAGAAGAAAGCCACAGAAGAUACUCAGUAUUCAGCAGGAGUUCAACGCCAAACAGUUUAAUUUCAACAUGAUCAAUCAGGAUGAGAUCAUAUUUGAGAUGAUGAAGGAAUCUGAAGAAGGACAUGGAAGUAAUCAUCAUGCUUGCAAGACAGUUGUGCUGGUCAAUGUCAGUCCUUUGGAGUUUGGACAUUGUCUUUUUGUCCCUGAUCCGUCACGCUGCUAUCCUCAGGUGCUCACAAAGUCGGCCAUUCAAGUCGGUGUUGAAUCUGUCCUGCUGAGCUCUGACCCAGGCUUUCGUGUGGGCUUCAACAGUCUCGGGGCUUUUGCAUCCGUCAAUCAUUUACACCUCCAUGGAUAUUACCUGAAACACAAGCUCAAUAUCGAAUCGAUGCCAGUCAGACCGAUUCUUCCUGAAAUCGGAUUUUACACUUUAAUGGGAUUUCCUGCAGGUUUUUUGUUCUACACCGAAUCAGGGGGCGCGGAUGACGUCGCAACCGCCAUCUGUCGUGUCACCGACUUCCUGGUGGAGGCCAAUGUUGCUCACAACCUGUUCAUGACCAGGGGGUGUCCGCCUUGUGGUCACACUCAGAGCGAAAGAGACGACAACUUAUUGAGGAAAGGUGUGCGGAUUGCUGUGUGGCCCAGAGUAGCUUGCUUCGGUACCAAGGAAGAGUCUGCAUUGAACAUUGCUCUCUGUGAGCUUGCUGGACAUCUGCCAUUUAAGAACAAGAUGGACUAUGAGCGCUCUACGGAAUCACAUGUAAUAGAAAACAUUCAACAAUAUCUUCUACCAGAUGAGGAUAUGCUUAAAUUAGAAAAGCAGCUUACUCAGCAGCUAGUAACACCGUAGUGUUGGGACAAAGCAUUGUAAACUGAUGUGCCUAUAAGAUAAAUAAAUGAAAUAAAAAUACACUUUUCUA